GCGGAGUUUGUUCCCUUCUCGCUUCCCCCAGUCCCCUCCUCGGAAGUGGACACUAGCUGUCUACUUUCCCCAAAUUUCUUAUUUAUAUUUCACAAUAACACCCCCCAACGGAAGCCAAGAUGGACGACUGAGCCAAAAACGGGUCCUCGAUUUCCCUGACUUGACUUAUCUCGGAACUGAGUGGACCGGAUGAAAUCCAACCGCGGUUUUGUCCGCUUCGCAGGGGAGGUAGCUGUAUCCGGUGGGGAGGGGACGGGAGGCUUAACCAGGGCGAGAAAGAAUGAAGUUCUCCGAACCCUGGGGAGUCCACAGGCUGGCUUUUCUUCUCGAGAAGGCCAUAUCUAGGGAAGCCAAGAUGUGGAAGGUCUACGUGCCAAAGAAGCCCUCCUCACAGGAUACAGAUAUCUCCCCGACUCACCGGGACAAGGCCGUGUGCUGGCUGACGGAACUCCACGGCAGACUGCAGCUGUACCCAGAGACUCUGGUGUUAGCUGUUAGCAUUCUGGACCGCUUCCUAGCUUCCAUCAAGGCCCGUCCAAAGUACCUCCGCUGCAUCGCAAUUGCCUCUUUCUUCCUGGCUGUCAAGACCUGUGAGGAGGAUGAGUGUGUGCCCUCUCUGAGGGAGUUGGUUGCGUCCAGCAGCUGUGGCUGUUCUCCAUCAGAGAUCCUGAGGAUGGAAAGAAUCAUCCUUGACAAACUCAACUGGGAUCUCCACAACGCCACCCCGCUGGACUUCCUGCAUAUUUUCCAUGCAAUGGUGUUGUCAUGCUGUUCUGGGCUUUUGGACUCGUUUCUGGGACUGAACCACUCUCAGCAUCUCGCCCUGCUCACACGACGACUUUACCGCUGUUUGGCCGAUCACGCACUCGUUCAGCUGAGGGGAUCCAUGCUGGCCUUGGCCCUCAUCACUCUGGAGCUGGAGACCUGCUGCCCCGACUGGCUGGCUCUCACCAUCGAGCUGCUGAGGAAGGCUCGGAUCAACACCUCUGAGUUGAUUCGGAGUCGAGAGCUCGUUGCAGGUCGUCUGUCCGCAGCGAGAGCUUCCCCGCCUCCGAACACCAUCUACAUCUACAUCUACCAGCCCACCCUGCGGCCUCCGGCGCAGGACCCUCUGGGUGUGCAAUCUCCCUGCUUUGCACGGAGCGCCUACAUUGAGUCUUCCACAUCAGCAGCUGGGGCGGAGGAGGGGCACCGACAGCCCUGCGGCCUCCCGGCGCUCCUCUCUCCUCCCGAACCGUUGCGUCACCUCAACCGCCUGCACAAAGUCAGCGUGGGCUGCAAGGCUUCGACAAAGCGAAAGGUGGAGGAGAUGGAGGUGGACGACUUCUUCGACGGUAUCAAGCGCCUGUAUAACGAAGAUGGCGUCACCGCCGCCGCCUCGCAUGCGAGUGCGGAGGGAGGCCAACGGGAAGGCAGCUCCUCCCCCUGCCCUCCGCUGCAGCCGGCGCGUUACUCGUAGAAAGCGGGCCCGACUGUGCUGUGCUCGUCGCGACCAUCUCGCCGCUGACUUCAUCGUACGAAUCGUUCGAACCCAAAAGUGAUAGCGGUGUCCGAGAUGCUCCGCUAAAAUGCAGCCUCUCAGAUAUUCCGCUUCAUUCAGUCCGACAUCAUCGGUGGUUUAGUUGGUUUUGAUCAGCACAAUCCGUCCCCCAAAAUCUCGAGCUCAGUUCCCGUCAUCCCCUUCAGCCAGAAAACAGUCGCACCCAAAAAAAAAAAAUGAACAUCGAAAAAUUCAAAGCUGCUGCUAUUAUUGUUAUAGUGAUAUAUUUUUGUCGUAAAUAUAUUUAAAAAAAACAACAAAGUUACCCCCCCAAAAAUACUACUGUAAUCUGUUUGUCAAUUUGUAUUUGUUUUUCCCUUAAGCUUGCUGUCAUGUAUUCACUGUCCACUCCUCUCUUCAUGUCUCUGUGUCACGAUCCAACUUUGGAAUGUUUCUGUCUGGACGAUGAACUGUUCCUCACACAAAAAGAGCAGCUUUCAAUAUUUAGCAAAGAGCACUUUUGGAUGGCAUACGCAUGAAAUGCCAGCGAAGUCCCUCCUGGCUCUUUUUGCCAUUUGCCUCGGCUUUUUGAGGGGAUUAACUGAAUGAAGGUUUCUCAGGGUGUUAUGUUGAGGCUUUGGGUUCGAACUGAAAUGAGUUGUCUAAAGGAAACAAACACAAAUAUAUAUGGAGAUCUAUUUUCGUCACGACUGAAACAACUGCAGCAAUUCACCUUUAACGGAAGCGUUACAGUUUGACAACUGCUGUAUAGAAGUCAUCUUUCAAAAAGAAUCCAAGCUAACUUGAGAAGUCAGUUUUGCAUUGGAGGAUUGCAUAUUCCCUAACAUAUUGUCAUCAAACUAACAUGGAUGUGUGUAUGAAGAAUGGGGCCAGAUUGCAUUUGGUUAUCGUCGGCCAGAGGGAUUUCAAAUCCAAGUUAAGAUACCUUGCCGUAAAACGAAGCAUCCGAAAUGUGUGCACUUCUGUCUGAGCUCAACACAGACAAAAUGGAAUGAAUUUCAUUUAUUGCUCCAAAAAGCUCUGUUUUACCUGCUGGAGGGGCCUGCGGGAGACUGCUCCUGCUACCUGAACUCACCCUAUGGCACAAGCAAAUAAAAAGACAAUGACAACUUAUAA